AUGAGUCGUGAGUACAAUACUAAGAUCGAUUUUCUUACGAAGUUUCGUAUUCACAACGUGUUCAUCUGCCGGGGCGUAAUGCACGAAGUUGAAGCGGGGCCCAGCGACAAUAGGAGUACGAACGACAAUAGCAAUUUAAAAUCAGACACUUCGACGUCGCAGCUGCCACAAGCAAACAUGGAUCCCCUCCAACACAUUAGCCAAAAGCUCUCCGCCGAGAGAACCUAUCAAUCGCUACGACAACAACAGCCAACACCUCCAACCACAGCGCCACCGCCAUACACGCCAUCGGAAAGCAACGACGCAGACACAGACACAGACUCGGAGGAUGAAGACGAAGCAGCACGAUCCCCUUCGCCAGUCAAAUUGACAAUAAACGCCGCCCACCGCAUCCAAGGCUCCAACAACCUCGUCCCGACCUCUCCAACCCCCUUAGCGGAUGCGACGAAAUUCAGUGCCGUCCUCCUAGCAGCAAUGCAACAACUUAAUGCCGCCGCCGCCGCCGAGACUUCGACGGGAACAGCAAGGAGGGCGUUAAAGGUCGAUCUGACGAUCAAUUGUGGUAUCACGGUCAUCGGCGACCGCAACGUCGUUGGUAAUGUUGGCUUGAAAGCCAAGUCGUCGUUGGUUGCGAAUGAUGGAGCUGGACCUGCGAAUGGCAAUGUCGUCGCGCCUGCUCAUGGGCAUGGAUCGCCAUCUGCGGUCGUCGUCGGUGCUAAGCGCAAGGCUGGAGAUGUUUGA